AUGCCGGCAAGCCAUCAUCAGCGAAAUGGAUCGACGUCCCACAAUGAGGAUGAGACCAUCUACGGCCCCUCUUCAAAUAUCUCCUUUCUCCGACAAGUCACUCUUGCCGCGGAUGCGCAGAAGCCAUAUGACUCUGGCCCAGACGGUCCCGGAAACGAGACCGAGAGCACGCCUAACGUCCUUGGCUUCUCUACAGUCCAACCAAAGAGCCCCGAUCCCCUCCCUGAACCGGUGAUGCUACCCGAGAGAUGGCUUGCCGACAGCUUGAUGGAGUCCUUCUGGGAGUUCGUGCACCCGGUCUUCCCAAUUCUACAUAAGCCGUCCUUCAUUGCAUCAUACAAGGCGCUUUGGAAGCCAACGAAAGAUCGAAAUCAUAAGCGGGAUUUCAAAGACGUUGUGUUCCACUCGACUCUAAGCAUUGUGCUUGCGCUGGGAUCGCAACGAACCGAUCAGGUGUCAGUAGCAGAGCAGGCGAACCUCACUGACAAGUUCUACAAGCAGUCUGUGAAGCUUAUAUCGGUAGACACUCUCGACCACUCUUCAUUGCAAGUCGUUCAGCUGCUACUUCUGAGAGGUGUCUACCUGCACUAUACAUCAGCUAAUGCAGAAUGUCAGGCUUACUGCAACUACAUUCGGGCGAUCCGUCUUACUGUCGAGACAGUAUUCGACACCGGCUCCGGCCAUGGUUGA